AUCUACCUCAUCCGAGGCUCUGACGCCGCUCCUUCGCAAGCGACUUCGACGUUCCUCUUCAAAAUCUUCUUUUUCUUUCCAGUUUUCAAUCCAUUUUGCUUCUACUCGCAGCGUCAGAGCUAAGGGUUUUCUGAGGUUCUUUUUGGAGAUUUUAAGGAGGAUUUAAUCGGUCUGGAGUAUAGGGCAUCUGUUUCUCACACUGGGUGGAACUAACGAACAAUAAUUGUUACUUUUUGGUUGUUGCUGGUGAGCGUGUGACAAUUGCAGAAUUCUUUUACUUUUUGAUUCAGCCUCAACGAUGCAGCGGCAUGUAGUGAAUGCAUGGAAGCGCCCUUCAAGGUUCAAGAGAUUUAAUCUUUGUGUGUUCAAACUGCAUGUCCAGGUUGACAUUUGUUCGUUUGACCUCAACAGCGAGAGUUAUUCAAUUUUCCCCUUCAGAAGUUUUAAUAACCAAGCUUUUGCUAGUGGUGAUUUAUGCAGACCCCAGUCAAGAGAAUAUGCAACUUCUUGUGUUAAAUUGGAAAAAGAUUUACCAAAAGCUAAUUCAGUUUCUGACAUGUUAGUUGAUUCAUUUGGAAGACUGCAUAAUUACUUGAGGAUUUCCCUGACUGAACGUUGCAAUCUUCGAUGCCAAUACUGUAUGCCAGCAGAGGGUGUGGAACUUACACCUAACCCUCAGAUUUUGUCACAGAAUGAGAUUGUCCACUUAGCAAAUCUCUUUGUCAGCUCAGGUGUGGAUAAGAUUCGAUUGACUGGUGGGGAACCAACCAUCCGGAAAGACAUCGAAGAGAUAUGCUUACAGUUGUCUAACUUGAAAGGGCUGAAAACACUAGGCAUGACUACAAAUGGAAUUAUUCUUGCAAGAAAACUUCCGAAGUUGAAAGAAUGUGGGCUGAACUCAGUGAAUAUUAGCUUAGAUACAUUGGUCCCAGCAAAGUUUGAGUUCAUGACCAGGCGUAAAGGGCUUGAAAAGGUUAUGGAAUCAAUCAAUACGGCUAUUGAUCUCGGGUACAAUCCAGUGAAAGUCAAUUGUGUCAUAAUGCGUGGAUUCAAUGAUGAUGAGAUUUGCAAUUUUGUGGAGUUGACACGUGAGAAACCAAUUAAUGUUCGGUUCAUUGAGUUCAUGCCUUUUGAUGGAAAUCUCUGGAAUGUGAAGAAACUUGUGCCUUAUUCAGAGAUGCUUGAUAGAGUGGUACAACAAUUUAAAGGUCUAACAAGGCUUCAGGAUCAUCCAUCAGAUACGUCUAAGAAUUUCAAGCUAGAUGGGUAUUGUGGCUCUGUUUCUUUUAUCACAUCAAUGACUGAACAUUUUUGUGCCGGUUGCAAUAGAUUGCGACUUUUAGCUGAUGGGAACUUCAAAGUUUGUCUCUUUGGUCCUUCUGAGGUUAGCUUGAGAGAUCCCCUUCGUAGUGGUAUGGAUGAUGAUGGGCUGAAAGAAAUAAUUGGAGCAGCGGUCAAGCGGAAGAAAGCUGCUCAUGCUGGAAUGUUUGACAUUUCAAAGACAGCAAAUAGACCUAUGAUACAUAUCGGUGGCUAAGAAUUUUUGUGGUGAUUUUCUUCAGAUCCUUUCUGUUACCUUGAUUAUAGCUGUUUGAAAGAUGAGUCAAUUCCCGCCACUCUCAACAUUUUUUUUCUAGUCAAGGAUUUUUCUGAUCAACCCUUCCUUCUCCAAUUCUGAAAAAUCCCAUAUCCUAAUCACCUUCUCCAUCACCACAUACUAUGUUUGGAUCACGAGGAAUAACAUAAUUUUCAAAAAUGCCAAAUCCAACCCCACCAGCUUCUCUCCCAAAUCUCCAGAUGAGAGAACAUGAUCUGAACCUUCUCUCCAACCCUACCACUUCACCCCCACCCAUUUUAACCUCACUCAACCCUCCACCCUCUAGACUUUUAUCUCAACUUACCCAGCCAAAACCAACCUAUUGUCAUAUCAAAUGUCAGUUUGAUCCAGUUACAAAGGAAGCAGGAUGGGCUACAGUUUGCAUCUCUAACAACCAAUUCUACGUGGUUACCAUGAAUUUUGGUUAUGCAGGAACAGCUCAGGGAUCUGAAGCAAGAGGAUCCAAUAAGGUAUUGAAAGAGCGAUAUCUAUGGGAUUCCUAAGAAUACCGAUUCGCUGGAGUUAGUGAAUUAGCUGUCCGUGGCCCUUGGCCCUGGGAACUUGUUGGUAUUCUCUCUUACAAAAAUCCUCCUUAAUGCUCUUGAACAAUGUAUGUCUUAAUAAAGUGGACCAGCCUGUAAUAAAUAUAGCAUAUACUCUAGCUAACAAAGCUAGAAGCAUGAGAAUGAAUGUUGCUGUCAUGGACAAUGUAAUUAACUAUCUUUCCUAGUUUUCCUUUAAUAAAAUUUUUCUUCCAUGACCCCCUCAA